UCCCGCGGUAACACCUCCAACCUUCAAAAUCUUUCCUCUCCUCGUUCAAGUCCAAGUCCAAGUGGCUCUAGCUUUUGAAUCCUUGUCUUUGUUUGUUUCGCGCUCACUUGUUUGAUCUCUCUUGUACCAGAGUUUCUAACCCCGAGGCUACCUACUAGGUUCCAUCAUUUCUCCUUUCCGAUCGUUCUCCGCGGACCCACGCUACUACGACCCCGGAGCUUUUCAGCACUGUCUCAAUUCAACAUACCUACCUAAUACGUUUGUCCCAGGAGAAUAAACGAAUACUACAGCCAAAAUGUCGCCAACCGAGGAGAAGAGUGACGAUAUCGAUUUCGGUGACAACAUCGAUAUGACUACUUUCGAGCAGAUCCUCGAAAUGGACGAGCCAGGCGAUUGUGAAUUCAGCUCUUCUAUUGUAUUUGGCUUCUUCGAGCAAGCAGAAGAAACGUUUGAACAGAUAAAGGAGGCAUUGGAAGAGGAAGAUCUUGAUAAGCUCUCGUCUCUUGGACACUUCCUCAAGGGCUCAUCAGCGACCCUCGGACUCAUCAAAAUCAGGGAUGGUUGCGAAAAGAUUCAGCGUUAUGGCAAGCACGAAAAGCUGGACGGCUCUCCUGAAGAUGAUUCCGAGGUAUGUCUAAAGCACAUCAAAGACGCUUUCGAAGCCGUUCAAACGGAUUACGCCGAGGUCGAGAAACUCUUGAAGCAGUACUACGAGUCAAGGGAAUAACGCAUUUAUUCCCACCAUCGUAAAGCCUACGAGAUGGCGCGUUCACGAUCAAAUGGAGGCAGUCUUUUACAGACGUGGCUUUCCACUUGGGCUCUGGUCACGGAACGUCGAUAGGGACAUUUUCAGUUCAACAAAUACUUGUUGUGU